ACUUGACAAGUGGACAAGUGGCAUAAAGAUUACUGCCCGCCGUCAAAACAAAAAAUACAUUGAUUUUAAAUGUGAUCAAUAAAAUAAUAUUUAAAUAUAACUAUAACGUAAUUAUUUUCAAAAUUAUUGGCAAUGGCAACUCGGGUACUGUUGCAUUUAGGAGAUGCAACGAACAAAUUCAUCUUUUCAAAUGUACAAUGCUAUCGAACGAAAUUACAAAUACAAAACCUAUUGAAACCAAUCAGAUAUUUUCGAAGAGUUAGACAAGUAGAAGAAAGACCUAAAUCUCCUUUUGACAAUGUUGUUAUUCAGUAUAGUGGUCCUACUAAUAGCAGAAAAAUAUUAAAAGGAUUUUUAUUUGCAUCGACGUUUAGUGGUGCUACACUUGUUGGAGCAACGAUCUUGGAAUACGAGCGAAUAAGAGAACAAACAUUCAGAGGACUCAAUCGAUUUCCAUUUAGUCAGCCAAUUAGAUCAACUGUGACAGGAUGGAGAAGUCAAGCAAAUACAUGGUGGACUAAUUUAUCAGAUGGUCAGCGAACUUUUUAUUUCAUUUGUUUUGCAAAUGUAUUAGUAUUUCUAGCAUGGCGAGUACCUCAAUGGAAUCCUAUAAUGCUCAAAUACUUUGCAACUAAUCCAGCUUCCAGUGCAACUUGUAUACCCAUGCUGCUAUCUACGUUUUCUCAUUAUAAUUUCUUACAUUUAGCAGCAAAUAUGUAUGUAUUGCACAGUUUCAGUAGUGCUGCUGUUGCAUACUUAGGAAGAGAGCAUUUUCUUGCAGUUUAUUUGUCUAGUGGAGUCUUUUCUAGUGCUUUUAGUAAUGCUUAUAAAAUAAUGUUUAACCGCCAUGGAUUUUCUUUAGGAGCUUCAGGAGCAAUUAUGGGAAUCUUGGGAUUUGUUUGUACUCAGUUUCCAGAAACAAGACUCAGUAUAAUUUUGCUACCUCAAAUAACAUUCAGUGCUGGAGCAGCAAUAAAAUCGAUAAUGGCAUUUGAUGCAGCUGGUUGUAUAUUGGGAUGGCAAUUUUUUGAUCACGCGGCGCAUUUAGGUGGUGUUCUAUUUGGAAUGUUUUGGCAAGCAUGGGGCAUUGAAAAUAUUUGGCGGCAACGUUCACCAAUCUUGAAACAAUGGCACGAAUUUAGGAAUCCUCCAAAAUCUUAAUAGAAAUAAUUUAGGUAAAUUACUUUUCAAAUUUG